AUGUACUAUCAUGAGGAUACUGCCUCCUCCUCAUCCUCUGUGAAACUUGAGACACUACUGGAAGAGCUGAGCUUCGUCCCGGGGCUUGCGUUCGUCAGAGACGUGUCCUACGUGGAUUUUCUCGACCGAGUUGGCCGCGACGAGCAGAAGCUGCGGUCGGCCGGCGUCUGGGACGUGCCGCACCCAUGGCUGAACCUCUUCGUCCCGAGGUCGCGCAUCGUGGACUUCGACGCCGGCGUGUUCAAGGGCAUCCUCAAGGACACCAAGCCCGUGGGGCUCGUCCUCAUGUACCCCAUGAACAAGGACAGGUGGGACGACAGGAUGACGACGUCCACGCCGGACGAGGACGUGUUCUACGCCGUAGGGCUGCUGCGGUCCGCGGUGGCCGCCGGCGAUCUGGAGCGGCUGGAGAGGGAGAACGCCGCCGUUCUGGAGUUCUGCCACCGGGAGGGCAUAGGGUGCAAGCAAUACCUGCCGAGCCACGCGUCGCGGGACGCCUGGAGGCGGCAUUUCGGCGAGAAAUGGAGCAGGUUCGCCGCGCUGAAGCACAAGUACGCCCCGCGGGCGAUUCUUUCGCCGGGGCAGGGGAUCUUCGUCUCCGCCGCCGGUGACGGCCUGACCGACAAAGUGGCCUCUGAUUCUCUGUAG